AUGGCUUAUCUCUCAGGAAGUGGCCACAUAACGGAUGGACAAGAGAAGUCAGUCGUUUGUACCGUGUCUUCAAAUUACAUGCUUUAUGCCUGGGAUGUGCAGGAGGUAGGUGAUUCUGAAGGUGACGUCUACACAUUAACAGUCCCUGGGUUAAGAAUUUCUCAAUUUAAUGCAUUCAAAUAUAAUGUUGAUGUUCUACACUACUCCCCUGCCGAAAAAUGGAUCUUUGCAUCUACACAUCAACAUCACUUGCCAAAGAGUCCUAUUUGCAUGGCAGUCAGUGAUGGAAAUAGGACUGUCUUUGAGAGUGGGCCAUACAUGUUCCUUUUCACCAUCAAUGGCCCCCUGCUGCAACAUGAGGAGCACCAGAGGACCACCAGCCACUUCUGGGUGGAGUCUCUCCAUGUCCUCACCACAUCCGUGGAUGAUCUGCAAGUGUGCGUGUGGGAAGAGGAAGGCCGUUAGCCAUACCUCAGGAGCUGCUGUCACCUGGAGCACAUAGGGAGGGGUCAAAUACCACGCUGCUAG